CUGAUCAGUGAGAGGACAGUUUGUUUACCCCUUGUAUUUAGCGCUGUGAGGACGACAAGAGGUAAGGGAAAGGAGCUACAGACGAGGCUCAGUAGCUUAGAGAGGGCAAAACGGGAGGAGGCGACACUCAGAGGGAAGAAGAAGCCGCACAGUUCGACCGCCAGCCAUCAUGAGGCUGAAGGCGUUGCUUCUAGCGUCCAUUGUUGUGCUAGCCGCAGCACAGUCAGAGGACGAGGUGAGUCGGCCGAACCCAGCUCAGGUGGAGGAUAGCGUGGACAACGCUAUCGUGCAGAAGCAUCACCUGGCGGAACACACGAAGUUGCACAAUCCAUGUGCAUUGCGGCACUGCACGUCACGGCAGGUGUGCAAGGUGGUCAUAAACCCGGCGCUGCAGUUUCCCGUGGCGCACUGCGAGGAUGCCUUUUCCCUAGCCGGCACGGACUCAGCAACAACUAGUCCGCCAUCGUCCACAAUCUCGUGUGAGGAUGCUGAGCUCAGCACUGACCCAAUGAGCUGUCGGGAUCAGUCCGACUGGGAGUUGCAAGCACGUACUCACUGCGGACCGGCGGCUAUGAAGUCCUUCAAGGUGCAAACGGAAUGCUUAUCAUUUGACCCAACACCAGUCUACCAGUUUGCUAACUUCCAGUGCUGCUCCAAGAAAGUCGCUCCUCCAUCACUUCCCAGUAAGCCAGCUGCUAAGAAGCCGCUCUCUCCACCAAAGAAAGAAGAAACAAAAUCAACCAACAAGCCAACACCCCAGGAAACAGAACUCAACACUUCACCACCUGUGACGACGACGCCGGCGGCACAAGCCACACCUCAGCCUGCCACAGUUCCCGAGGAAGAUGAACCGAAGACACGACCACCGGCACCAGCCAAUCAAGAACAGAAGCCUGUACUGCCUCAGGUCCCAUCACCUGUGCAGGAAAAGCCUGCCAAGAGUGUACCUCCCAAAGCUACGACAUCUGGAGAGGACCAACCAAAAGCCAAGCCACCUCCCCCACAGCAUCCAAAGGAUACCAUGGCUGCCAAGAAACCAGUGAAGGUUGAAAAAAUUCCAGCAGCGCCAAUGGAGGAUGUGGAAGCACAUCCUGCAGAUCAUGCUCAUCAUGACAAGGGCGAUGAGGUGUCUGACCACUGGUUUGCAGUAAUGGCCAUCGGCGGCACAGUAGUACUGGCCGUUGUCAUAGUGAUUGUCAUUGUUGUUCGAAUGAACCGCAAGCAGCAGGUACUGCACAAGCCACGACACCUGUUGAUCGAUGCCAGCGGCACCGCUCUGGGUUACGCACGCAAACACGGCAGCGCCAGCGACGAGGAUGCGUCGUGGCCGGGAGCCGACGGGCUCGUGUUCGACGACACCGAGGUGCAGAACUUUGUCAAUCCGGUGGCGAUGUACAGCAACGCAGGUGCGCACGUCGACGACGGGGAUGACCAAGCGGCAAUCAUUGAGCCGUCCGAAGUUGCACACUGGGAAAUGGAGUAUGCCGCGCUGCUGACAGGCACGGAGCAAGUAAAUCCGGACAAGAAGAAGUAACGUUCGCACUACCAGACUUCCAUGCCCCUCAGCUGCCUUCCAUUGUGAAUAGCAUAGAGAACAACAAGGGCAAUCAAGGCUUGUCUGCGGCUACUCAAAGUUUCAUGCUUUCAUGAAUAGCAUACAUAAAUUGCAUUGCGCCUGCACAUGCACAGUGUCUGCAAUGAAAUUCCUGACCAAACGUAAACUUUCAUAAUGUGAACUGGAUACCAUGCAAUUUCAAAUCACCUGCGCUAAUCAAAUAUUAGAUGGAUUAUAACAUUCUGGUUCUAAUACGACAGUGACUUUAUCAACGGCUAAUGGUUUUGUUCUGAACUUCUCCAAUACGGGGAAAGGCUGCUGAGUAGUAUGGAGAAUGUUGUGGAGAACAUUUCCGCCAUUCAGGUCUUCAACCUCUUUUUUGCUAUACAUGUAUAGAGGAGUGCUUUGCGUACUCUCUUCUAGUGGUGGGGACCUCUCGUCUUUGUUUGUAUGUGUA